AUAGACUCAAAGUUGUGAUGUCGGAGAUAAUUAGUGAGACUCAAUCUGCUUUUUUGGGGGGUCGUCAAUUGACAGAUAGUGUGUUAGCUUUAAAUGAAGUUGUGGAUGAAAUUAAGAAGAGCAAACAAAAGGCUUUUGUUUUCAAAGCUGAUUUUGCGAAAGCAUAUGAUUGUGUUGAUUGGGCAUUCUUGGAUUGGAUGAUGGAAAGGUUUGGGUUUGGGUCUAGGUGGAGAGGAUGGAUUAUGGAGUGCUUAUCAACCGCAAAGGUUUCAGUCUUAGUUAAUGGUAGUCCGACCGAGGAGUUUGAGAUUGGAAAAGGAUUACGGCAGGGGGACCCAUUGUCUCCUUUUCUGUUUUUGAUGGUUGGUGAGGGUUUACAUGGUUUACUUCGUAAAUCUGAGUCGGAGGGCUUGUUUAGGGGUGUUGAAAUUGGGAAGAGGGGUCUGGUUGUAUCUUUGCUACAGUUUGCUGAUGAUACAGUGAUUUUGGGUAAAGCUGAUGGGGAGAAUGUGUUUAUGGUUAAAACCGUGUUACGAUGGUUUGAGUUGAUGUUAGGGUUGCGGAUUAAUUUUGGUAAAAGCAGUGUUUAUGGCUUUAAUGUGUCGACAAGGUGGAUGAAUGGGACGGCUUGUUCUUUACGGUGUGGUGUUGGGAAAACACCUUUUCUGUAUUUGGGUCUCCCUGUUGGUUGUAAAGUUGGAAGCAAGAAACUGUGGGAACCAGUGGUAAAUAAGUUUCGUGCUAAAAUUGCCGUCUGGAAGUCUGCCUCGUUGUCUUUUGGUGGCCGCAUCACUUUGCUCAAUUCGGUACUCUCUGCUUUACCCAUUUUUUACAUGUCUUUAUUUUUAUUACCUUGUUCUGUGGUUUCUGAAUUGGUUUCAAUCCAAAGGGGGUUUCUGUGGGGUGGAGCUGAUUUGAAUAGGAAAAUUCCAUGGGUUAAGUGGGAUAUUGUUUGUGGCAAUAAGGCGCAGGGAGGUUUAGGAGUGUCGGAUUUGCGAAGGAAAAAUUGGGCAUUAUUAGGGAAGUGGUGGUUUCGGUUUGGUGAUGGAGUGGGGAGUUUGUGGAAGCGGGUAGUGAGGGAUAAAUAUUACGAGGGUCGGCUGAGGAAUAUGUUGGGGAAUGGGUUUAGAUGGGAGGUGGGGUGCAGAAGUAGGGUGGGUUUUUGGAGGGAGAAAUGGGUGGGAGAUAAAUCCUUAAGGGAUUUAUGUCCCAGAUUGUAUGCCUUGGCUGCGAAUAAGGAAGGCUCGGUUAGUGAUAUGGGGCAAUGGGAAGGGGAUAGGUGGCAGUGGAAUAUGGCAUGGAGAAGGGGGAGAAUUGGGCGAGAAAAGGAUGAGGAGGAGGUUUUGUGGGGGGUUGUGGGUUGUGUACACUUAAAGAAAGGUAGGAAGGAUGUUUGGACUUGGGUACAUGAUCCAAGAGGCUUAUUUGGUGUAGGCUAGUGCCUUUGAAAGUUAGUUUUUUUGGGUGGAGGUUAUGUCUUGAUCGGCUGCUAACAAAAUGGAAUUUACAAAAAAGGGGUUUGUUGUUGCAACAAGAGGGAUCUUUUUGUGGUUUGUGUCAUGAGGUGGUGGAGGAGGUUGACCAUUUAUUUUGUACUUACAGGGAAGCUUGGUUAGUUUGGGUUAAGGUGCUGAAUUGGUGGGGUAUUGAAACUGUUAUGUUGAAUUCCAUUAGGGGAGUGGCAGAAUUUUUCUUGUUUGAUUUGGGUAGCAUUAUAGGGAAGGAGUUUGGUGCAUGUGUUUUUCUUGUUGUUGCAUGGUUUCUUUGGUAUUGGAGGAAUGCUUGUGUAUUUAAGAAUUGUGGGAGUAUGCAGGGGUGUUUGUUGGAUAAGGUACAAAUGAAGUCUUUCUUUUGAAUUAAAAAUAAGGUGGAUGGAUGUGCAUUUUCUUUGUACGAGUGGCAAAUGCAUCCAAUUGGUUGUGCCUUAGCUAUUAAACGGUAUAAGCGGGUGUUGAAGAGUUUCCAAAAGCGACAUCAAGGUGUAUUAUGAGUGCUUCAUGUAGGCAUUUAGGAGUUGCUGUUCCGGUCAGCUUUGUUAUUUUUGGCUAACUGGUUGUCAAUAAUAGGUGUUUAACUUUGUAUGUGGGUUGGAGUACCCUUGUACUCUCUCAAAUAAAUUAUUUAUCUUUGU